UUCGUCAAUGCGCAGAAAGCCCGGCAGGCGCAGGCUGUAAUUGGAGGGUAAAAUGGCGCUGAGUGGUCAAGGAACAAAGAAGAAAGUUUGCUACUAUUACGAUGGGGAUGUCGGGAAUUACUACUAUGGUCAGGGUCAUCCCAUGAAACCCCACAGAAUCCGUAUGACCCACAACCUUCUUCUCAACUAUGGCCUUUACAGGAAGAUGGAAAUUUAUAGGCCUCAUAAAGCCAAUGCUGAGGAGAUGACCAAGUAUCACAGUGACGACUACAUCAAGUUCCUGCGCUCCAUCCGCCCAGAUAACAUGUCUGAGUACAGCAAGCAGAUGCAGAGAUUUAAUGUAGGAGAGGAUUGUCCCGUCUUCGAUGGCUUAUUUGAGUUUUGUCAGCUCUCGACGGGUGGCUCUGUUGCUGGAGCUGUGAAACUCAACAAACAGCAGACAGACAUUGCCAUUAACUGGGCAGGAGGACUCCAUCACGCAAAGAAAUCCGAGGCGUCUGGUUUCUGCUACGUCAACGACAUUGUACUGGCCAUUCUGGAACUGCUCAAAUACCAUCAGAGAGUACUUUACAUUGACAUCGACAUUCAUCAUGGAGAUGGAGUUGAGGAAGCCUUCUACACAACAGACCGUGUCAUGACUGUGUCCUUCCACAAGUAUGGAGAGUAUUUUCCCGGUACAGGAGAUCUCAGAGAUAUUGGUGCGGGAAAAGGAAAAUACUAUGCGGUGAACUAUCCACUCAGGGAUGGAAUAGAUGAUGAGUCUUAUGAAGCCAUAUUCAAACCUAUCAUGGCCAAAGUGAUGGAGAUGUACCAGCCUAGUGCUGUGGUUCUUCAGUGUGGUGCUGAUUCUCUGUCUGGAGACAGACUGGGCUGCUUCAACCUCACCAUCAAAGGUCAUGCCAAGUGUGUGGAGUAUAUGAAGAGCUUUAACCUGCCAUUGCUCAUGCUGGGUGGUGGAGGCUAUACCAUCAGAAACGUGGCCCGCUGCUGGACCUACGAGACCGCUGUAGCAUUGGACUCAACCAUUCCUAACGAGCUCCCGUACAAUGACUACUUUGAGUAUUUCGGACCUGAUUUCAAACUCCACAUCAGUCCAUCCAACAUGACCAAUCAGAACACAAAUGACUAUCUGGAGAAGAUCAAACAGCGUCUGUUUGAGAAUCUGCGAAUGCUGCCUCAUGCCCCGGGGGUUCAGAUGCAGGCAAUCCCAGAGGAUGCUGUGCAGGAAGACAGCGGAGAUGAGGAGGAUGAUGCUGACAAACGCAUAUCCAUCCGUGCACAUGACAAGCGGAUAGCAUGUGACGAGGAGUUCUCCGACUCAGAGGAUGAAGGUCAGGGUGGCCGAAGAAAUGCAGCCAAUUACAAGAAACCCAAGCGGGUGAAGACUGAAGAAGAAAAGGAUGUAGAGGAGAAGAAAGGUGAGCCAACAGAUGUUAAGGAAGAAGAAAAAGCUCCAGAAGAGAAAAUGGACACAAAAGGGCCAAAAGAAGAAUUAAAAGCAGUCUGAACAAGGAUGCUCAGUUGUCACAACUGCAUGAACUUGUCCUACACUCUCAUCCUGUCACACCUGCAUACACACACACAUUAGAUGUUAGCCCCUGAGCUACACACUGUAAAUUAUUUUGUAAGACUCAUUUUACUAUUUGUAAUGAAGCGGUAUAAAGGUUUUUACAUUACAAGUGUGAAGUGAACAUUGUACUUGUUUUCUUUUAGUGCUUUGAAACCAUGUACUUUUCCCCAAUUUAAAAAAAAAAGUUUGUUUACUGAAAAUUGCACCAAGCAGGACCACAGAUGGCACAAAUCUUUUCUCCUACUAGUUGUUUUAAAUCAUGGACUCAACGCUUAUUGGUUGCCCUUACUUGGUUUAGAUUUCUCUGUGGAUGCUUUUGUCUGGCGUCCUUUACCUCGUUUUUAAGCGAUGUUUGUUUUUAUUAAGGUGUCUGUAUUGUCGACUCUUAUGAACUUCCACGUGUCUGGUGGGCAUGGAAAAGGUUUGUUUGCUGUAUUGCUAGCGGGUUAGUCACAUGACUGGCCAGAUUUAGCCGUUUGGAGUUCCAGAGUUCAGUGAUUGUGAAUUGUCCUUAUUAUUACAAUGACUUUGGUAAAUAAAGGAGAUGUCCUCAGA